CGUGUGUUUACCACUUCAACCAUUCUGGACAAUCGGAAUUUACAAGAAGCUUUAUAUUAGAGUCAGUUUUUGUCAUAAAUAUUUUUAAAACCCAAGUUUGAAUUGUGUCAUUGAACUCGAAUAUAUUUGAGAAUCACGUUGCAAGCCUACCAGACGAUUGAAUCGAAAUUUUGAUGGAUGAUUUGUUGUGAAAUUUAAUCCAUGAACCAUAAACAUGCCUGUUGAAGUAAAAACUAACAUGCCUGGAAAGCUGUCCUCAAAUGGAUAUGACAUUUAUAUUAAACGCGAACCAGUUGAGUCUUCUGACUCCACAGUUGAUACAGAAAAAUUAUCAGCAAUAUUUGAAAACUGUAAAAUUUCUUCAAGUGAAUGUCAAAGUUUCAAGGAGGAGAUUAAACAGGAAGAUGUCGCUGAAAAGGAAAUCUGUAGCAAAUUAUCAAAAGUUACAUUGAAGGAGAAGAAUGAUGACGGAAAAGAUAUUGAAGUCAUAGUAGAGAAUAUUAAAAAAGAAGACGAAUGUGGAGAAAAGAAAAGAGCUCUUGGCUCUAAUGGUUUGGUUACUCGAGGCCCCGCAGGUGGAAUACCAGCAACAUUCACUCAAAGCCAACACAGUGUUCAAGCUCAGUAUCAAAAUGGCUACUCGUAUUCACAGAGCAUGCCAUAUUUCCAACAACCACAACAGAAUCAAUAUGGAGGAUAUGACAACAACCAAUAUGUUAACAAUAUGACGAAUGGUAAACGUCGACCUGAAGAAGAUGAUGAGACACCUUAUAAGUAUCAAGCUCCAAAUAUUGUACGUGAAGGUAUGAAUAAUUUGAAUAUACCACUAAAUAUACAACCUGAGAAUGUUACCAACCAAUGUCACAUGUCAGGUGGAAUGAUGUCGGUUCAAAAUACAUUCAUGGUGCAGAAAACGAAAGUACAGUUUCCACCUUAUGUUCCUACAGAUGAUAACGAUGACCUCUCUAAUUUUGGGAACUCAUUAACUGAUGAAAAUGUCUACCAGAACUUUACAUCCCCACCAUUUACACAGAUGCAGACACCCCACAGUGACAGCGUUUCUACAGAUUAUUUACAAGAUGGUGGAAGCGAAGGGUAUGGCAGCCCUGGUCAUGAGUCUCAAUAUUCAACCAUGGGUAUUGAUUCCCCUCCUCCCCACUCCAAUUUGUCAGACGACAGUGGCAUCUCCAGCCCAGAUCAUAGAAAUUUGGAUGCAGCAAGUCCGAGCAGCAACAUGUCUGUUAAUUCAGGCAGUCCAAGAAGUAAUGUCUACGCUCCUAAUCUGGGCAUGCCCCAGCAAUACACAAACACCGACUCCAUGUCCUGCGAUCAGACGACACAUUUCUCAAAUUAUCAGACGACUGAGGUCAAUUCACAACCUUCAGAACUUGAUUGGGAAGAUGAAGGUAUGAAAGAUAUGUUAAAAGAUGCUUUGGAUGUUGUGGCUAAGGAUUUGAUGGAAAUAAACCGAAGUAAGGAGAUGAGAAAAAGGCAGACGAGCGGUUCACAGAUGAAAAGUUUGAACAGCAAUUUGAAGGAUAAUUUGGCCAUAAAUCCAAAUAAUAACUUGAUAAAUGUAACUAAUACUACCCCACAGACAUCAAGCAAUGUUAUCAGACCAGUCAACGCUAAUAACAACAAGCCAGCCAAUCUGCCAUCAGUAAAGCCUCAAGCACCGGUUAAUAAUUCCCAGGUGGUCAUACAAGCGGCACCUGUCAGUAUGGGUACCCCUGCUGUUUCCGUGACAUUGGCUCCAGUAUCAGUGAUGCCAAACACCAAACCCAACACAGUCAUGUCAGGCGUGCCUGUUACUACCGGGCAGAUCCUACUAAUUGCUCCAAGUACGCAACCCCUGUUUGUCGUUAAUCAACCCGUCAAAAUUAAUACACAGUGCAACCCCAAAAGACCAACCAAACCCACCUACGUCCCCAUUCGACCCAAAUUAGACCCUGUUUCUCCGAAAAAGUCGCCACAGAGUUCACCUGCUAAUUCACCUAAAGGCUGUGAUUUGAAAUCUCAGAUACCAGCAACUGUGACGGCAGCAGUAAAAAAUAACAAACCUGUUCAACCUGUGACCAACACAAAAACUCCAUCAAAAACAACUAGUACAUGUACUACUACUACAUCAAACAGCAGUGGAAAAUCUACUACUUUAUCAAGUAACCGAUUAAAUCUUGCUAGAAGAGCUGUUGCUGAUUUAACAAGUAAUGCACUACGAUUUCAAGAUGAAGAUGAGGGCAAUACAUAUUUACAUGUGGCUGUAUGUAAAGCUGAUAUAUACUUCGUUCAAGCCUUAUUAGAGAGAUUAGAAAGAGAAAAAUUAAUAGGAAUGAUUGAUGUUACAAACCUACGCAGACAGACAACUUUAUAUUGUGCUGUGUGUACAAAUAAAGCUGAUAUUGUGGAGAUGUUGAUAAAACAUGGUGCAGAUGUUAAUACACUAGCUGAGAGAAUGGUACAAGGAGGUACUGUACGUGAAGUUAGAGCAGCGGUUCAUGUAGCUGCUUCAAAUGGUAAAGAAUAUCUAGAAACAUUAAAUGCUUUAUUAAAGAGUAAAGAACUCAACUUGAACAUUGCUAACUCAGAUGGUCAGACAGCUUUACAUUGUGCUAUAUUAUGUCAUAAUAAAGCGAAACAAGACUCAACAGACUGUAUUGAUAGUACACCUAUCAUAGAGACUCUAAUACAACAUGGUGCUGAUAUUAAUGCUCAGGUACAUCUUUCUUCAUUUAUCAUAAACGGGGUUGGAUGGCCGAAUGGUUAG